AUGCUAGCCACUCGAAGCUCCAUUAUUGUCUCGAGGAGGCUCUCCGUUAGGACCUUGGCUACUAAUGCUGAUCUUGCAGCUUCGUUUUCGGUUCCUCCAGAGUACCAAGCCAGAACACCUCCCUAUGCUAAGCUCAUAUCCAACUUGGGUGAGGUCAAGAAGUUGGUCAAUAACAAGCCUUUGACUUUGGCUGAAAAGAUCUUUUUGGCUACCUGCAAUGGUGACUUGAGUAAUAUCCGUGGUCAACAGUACUUGAAGUUGCACCCAGACAGGGUAGCCAUGCAAGAUGCUUCCGCUCAGACAGCUUUAUUGCAGUUUAUGACUACUGGUAUGUCAAGCACUGCUGUCCCUGCCUCUAUCCACUGUGACCACUUGAUUGUGGGCAAGGAUGGUGCGGACUCCGAUUUGACCUCAUCGAUUGCAACCAACAAGGAAGUUUUUGACUUUUUGCAGAGUUGCGGUGAAAAAUACGGUAUUCAGUUCUGGGGCCCCGGUUCUGGUAUCAUUCAUCAGAUUGUGUUGGAGAACUUCUCCGUCCCUGGUUUGAUGAUGUUGGGUACAGACUCACACACACCUAAUGCUGGUGGUUUGGGUGCUAUAGCCAUUGGUGUGGGUGGUGCUGAUGCUGUUGACGGUUUGACUGGCACCCCAUGGGAAUUGAAGGCUCCAAAGAUUUUGGGUGUCAAGUUGACUGGUAAGAUGAACGGUUGGACCUCUCCUAAGGACGUCAUCACUCACCUUGCAGGUAUCUUGACUGUCCGUGGUGGUACUGGUUACAUUGUCGAGUACUUUGGUGAAGGUGUGGAGAACUUGUCUUGUACCGGUAUGGCCACUAUCUGUAAUAUGGGUGCUGAGAUUGGUGCUACUACUUCCACUUUCCCAUACCAGGAUGCUCACCGUCGUUACUUGAUUCAGACAAACAGAGGUCCUAUUUCCCAGGCUGCUGAUGUUGCCUUGCAUAAGUACGGCUUCUUGAAGGCCGACGAAGGCGCCGAGUACGACAAGGUUAUCGAGAUUGACUUGAACACCUUGGAGCCUCACAUCAACGGUCCAUUUACCCCAGAUUUGUCCACUGCCAUCUCUGACUUUGGCACCAAGGCUAAGUCUGAUGGCUGGCCCUCCGAGGUCAGUGCCGGUUUGAUUGGUUCAUGUACCAAUUCUUCGUACCAGGAUAUGUCCCGUGCUGUGUCUAUCAUCAUGCAAGCUGAGAAGGCUGGCUUGAAGCCAAAGAUUCCUUUCUUUGUCACCCCCGGUUCCGAGCAGAUCAGAGCCACUAUUGAAAGAGACGGUUUGACAAACAUCUUCGAGAGAAACGGUGCCGUUGUCUUGGCCAACGCUUGUGGUCCAUGCAUUGGUCAGUGGGACAGAUCUGAUGUUCCAAAAACCUCCACAUCAUCCAACGCUAUCUUCACCUCGUUCAACAGAAACUUCAGAGCCAGAAACGACGGUAACAGAAACACUAUGAACUUCUUGACCUCGCCAGACAUCGUCACCGCCAUGAUCUACUCUGGUGACAUGAACUACAACCCACUCACUGACUCCAUCAAGACCGAUGAUGGUCAAGAAUUCAAGUUCGAGCCUCCCCAGGGUGUUGAAUUGCCUGGUGACGGUUUCAUCAAGGGCCGUGAGGAAUUCUAUCCUGACCCUAACCCACAACCAAAGCCUGAGGUUGAGGUGAACGUCUCUCCUGACUCCGACAGACUCCAAAUCUUGGACCCAUUCGAGCCUUGGUCUGGCGAGGAAUUGUCCACUACUGUCUUGUUGAAGGUCGAAGGUAAGUGUACCACCGACCACAUUUCUGCCGCUGGUUCAUGGUUAAAGUACAAGGGCCAUCUUGAGAACAUCUCCUACAACACUUUGAUCGGUGCUGUCAACAAGGAAACUGGAGAAGUCAACACCGCUUACGACCUCAAUGGUGACUCCUACGGAAUCCCAGAGUUGAUGUUCAAGUGGAAGGAGGAGAAGCGUCCUUGGAUUGUUGUUGCUGAGCACAACUACGGUGAGGGUUCUGCCAGAGAGCAUGCUGCUAUGUCUCCCAGAUUUACUGGUGGUUCUAUUAUUUUGGUCAAGUCCUUUGCCAGAAUCCACGAGACCAACUUGAAGAAGCAGGGUAUGUUGCCAUUGACUUUUGCUGAUGAGGCUGACUACGACAAGAUCGUUGCAGGUGACCAGCUUACAACUGUCGAUUUGAAAGACAUGGUUGCUAAGGACGGAAACAACGGAGGUACCGUGAGAGUCAAGGUCACCAAGAGGGAUGGCUCUGGAGAGUUCGAGAUUCUCUGUAAGCACACAAUGUCCAAGGACCAGAUCGAUUUCUUCAAGGCUGGUUCCGCCAUCAAUCACAUUGGUAAUUUGAAGAAGCAACAAGAGGCCAACGCGGCCUAG